CAUUAUAACAAAAAGCGACCCAGCAGCAGCAGCAGCACCGGAGCCGCGGCUGUAACGUGUUCGGGCGAGCCGGGGACCUCUUGCUCAUAAUUUAAUAUUUUUUUAUAUUUUAAUAAAUGUUAGUAAAGUAGCCACUAACGGGCUGUGAGCAGAAGGGCGGUGCUUGGUGGAGCGGUGCGGUUGGUUUAUUAGCUCAAACAAAGCGCACCCUUAUAACAGUUUUAGCUAGUCCUCGCCUCCUCAGUAACCGUUUUUAUUUCUUUAAAAGAGCUCUCUUUUAGGUUACUAAUGCUACUCUAAAUCAACGGAAACGCCUGUAUAACAUCAAUAUAAGAUGGAUCUGCGGCUACUUUUAAUAGCAACGUUAUCAGCGGUCCUCGGUGGCAGCUGGGCACAGCAAGAGGGAAGCAUAUGCAUCAAGGCAAACGCACAGUCGUGUGGGGAAUGCAUCCAGGUGGCCGAGAAGUGUGGAUGGUGCGCAGAUGAAAAAUUCCUCACUGAGGGUGAGUCCAAGUCGGCCCGCUGUGAUGAUCUGGAGUCCCUGAAGAAGAGAAAUUGUGCUGUGACCAAAAUUGAGAACCCACGCGGAACAAUCGACAUCAACAAGAACAAGCCCGUCACCAACCGCAAGAAGGACGUCGCCGAGAAACUGAAGCCUGAGCAGAUCACCCAGAUCCAGCCCCAGAAACUCACACUGACACUCCGAUCUGGUGAGCCCCAGACUUUUGAGCUGAAAUUCAAGCGUGCUGAGGACUACCCCAUCGACCUGUAUUACCUUAUGGACCUCUCCUUCUCCAUGAAAGAUGAUUUGGAAAACGUCAAGAACCUCGGCACUGACCUCAUGAGGGAAAUGCAGGAGAUCACCUCCGAUUUCAGGAUUGGUUUCGGCUCAUUUGUGGAGAAGACGGUCAUGCCUUACAUCAGCACCACGCCAGCCAGGCUCAUCAACCCCUGCACAGGGAACCAGAACUGCACCAGCCCAUUCAGCUAUAAGAACGUCCUGAAGCUGACAGACAAGGGAGACGAGUUCAAUCGCUUGGUCAGUCAGCAGCAGAUCUCAGGAAACCUGGACUCUCCAGAGGGGGGCUUCGACGCCAUCAUGCAGGUGGCGGUCUGUGAGGAUCAAAUCGGCUGGAGGAACGUGACUCGUCUGUUGGUGUUUUCCACCGAUGCCGGUUUCCACUUUGCUGGAGACGGCAAACUGGGAGGUAUCGUCCUGCCCAACGAUGGGAGGUGUCACCUGGAGAACAACAUGUACACCAUGAGCCACUACUAUGACUACCCCUCCAUCGCCCAUUUGGUUCAGAAACUGAGUGAUCACAACAUCCAGACCAUCUUUGCUGUCACUGAGGAAUUCCAGCCUGUUUACAAGGAGCUGAAAAAUCUCAUUCCUAAAUCAGCCGUUGGCACGCUGUCCUCCAACUCCAGCAACGUGAUCAAACUCAUUAUUGAUGCUUACAAUUCUUUGUCAUCUGAGGUCAUUCUGGAAAACGGCAGGCUGCCAGAGGGAGUUUCCAUCACCUACAAGUCCAUCUGCAAGAAUGGUGUGGAGGGAACGGGGGAGAACGGCAGGAAAUGCUCCAACAUCUCCAUCGGAGACGAGGUGUCGUUCAAGAUUUCCGUUGAAUCCCAGAAGUGUCCGUCGCACGGCAAGCCCGAGGUCAUUAAAAUCAAACCACUGGGCUUCACCGAGGAGGUGGAGGUUGUUCUGAACUUCAUCUGCGACUGUCAAUGCGCCGCAAACGGAGAGCCCAACAGCAAGGAGUGCCACGAGGGCAACGGGACCUUCGAGUGCGGAGCCUGCAAGUGUAACGACGGACGUAUCGGGCGUCUUUGCGAGUGCAGCAAAGACGAAGUGCGGACAGAGGACCUGGAUGCCAACUGCCGAAAAGACAACGGUACGGAUAUCUGCAGCAACAACGGCGACUGUGUCUGCGGCACCUGCGAAUGCAAGAAGCGGGAGAAUCCUGCAGAGAUCUACAGCGGCAAGUACUGCGAGUGCGACAACUUCAACUGUGACCGCUCCAACAACAAGCUCUGCGGAGGACAUGGCCGCUGUGAUUGCAGGAAGUGCAUCUGUGAUGCCAACUACACAGGUAGUGCCUGCGACUGCUCCCUGGAGACCGCCACCUGCCUCGCCAAGAACGGGCAGAUCUGUAACGGCCGCGGUACAUGUGAAUGUGGAAUCUGCAAAUGCACCAACCCUAAAUUCCAGGGUCCGACCUGCGAGAUCUGCCCCACCUGCCCCGGUGUCUGUGCUGAGCACAAAGACUGCGUGCAGUGCCGAGCGUUCGAGGCCGGUGAGAAGAAGGAUACGUGUCAGCGGGACUGCAGCUACUUCCAGCUGAUCAAGGUGAAGGAUCGCGACAAGCUGCCCCAGCCGACCGACCAGAGCUUCCCACUGACUCACUGCAAGGAGCGAGACGCCAACGACUGCUGGUUCUACUACACCUACGCCAUCAGGAACGACACCAAGGAGGUCUAUGUGGUGGAGACACUGGAGUGCCCGGCAGGACCCGACAUCAUCCCCAUCGUGGCAGGUGUGGUAGCAGGCAUCGUGCUGAUCGGCCUCGCCCUGCUGCUCAUCUGGAAGCUGCUAAUGAUCAUCCACGACCGCCGCGAGUUCGCCAAGUUCGAGAAGGAGAAGAUGAAUGCCAAGUGGGACACGCAAGGGAACCCCAUUUACAAGAGUCCCAUUAACCAGUUCCAGAAUCCCAGCUAUGGGAGUAAAGGCGCUUCUCUUUAGGUCAAAGGUGAGAAUCCGAUCUACAAAAGUGCCGUAACAACUGUCGUCAAUCCAAAGUACGAGGGCAAAUGAUGGAGCUGUGCCUUCCUUGUGACAACACUGUAUGGAAAAGAGAAUGGGCCGGGGUGAAGGGCGGGGCGGGUUUUUAUAAUGCUCUCACUGUUUGUUUGUUCGUUUUGUUUGUUUGUUGUAGUCACCAAAUGAUAGCAAUGCAUUUUGCCACUAUUUCGGUUUGUGUUACUAACUUUGUUUUUAUUUUCUAUGCAUCUUCUGAAAUGUGUACAGUCUGUAUAAAUGUGGGGUUUUUAUUUCUUGUUUUAUUGCCUCUGCGGAACUUGAGAGAAUGCGUUGAACUGAUCUGUAGUUUCUCCGCAUCACAUGACCGGCGAGGUAAUGGAAAGCCUAGCGGUGCCUUUUUUUUUAUAGAACCAUCAAGCCAUCAGUGUUUUGUUGAGGGUUGAAUCGGAGGUUGAUAAUGGGCAACAAAUGAAGGGUUCCUUUCCAAAUAAUCCUGUGUACGGUGUUGAGUGGGUUGCAAUCUAUCAGUCGAUGUCGGUGAAACACAGGUGAGCAAAGGUCUUACGAUUGAUUUGCCGUCAGAGCAAAGGUCUUAUUGUGUCUGUAAUCAUUUAGACUGUGUCGGUCACUCUUUUUUUUUUAAACGUCUCUUUGGAUUGAAACUCUUCAAAUGUAGCGCCAGUUGGCCGCGCGCGGUAGCAAUGAAAUGUGUACAGUAUGUUUUGGUUUCUGUGUUAAGCCAUAUAUGUAUUCACAGAACGGGAUGGAAGACGUUAGCGUGUCUUCUCUGAGUGACUUACUCCAUCUGAACAAUCAAUUGAAAAUGUAUCUUUUGUCUAGAAAAGAUAUUUUCUCGCCUUUCUAGAUUAAAGGACAUCGGUGUACAGUAGUGUUACUGUUUGGCUCCAGGUUUUACUCACUUAAUUUAAAGCCAACUCAGGUCCUUAAUUCUUCACAGCGAUGCCAAAUACACGCAAACCUGCCUUAUUUGCUAACUAAAUUAGCUUUUAUUGAAAUGCCGUUUUAUUUGUACGAUAUGAAUUGGGGAAGGGUCCCACUUUUUUUCUACGUGUCAGUAAUUCCACCCAACUCUUUUGCGGUGCCUCGAUCAAACAUUUUUUUUAAAGAAACAGGAAUGACGAUAAUGUCGUUUAGUUUUAAAGAUCAGUGGUAAGGGAAUGAUUUCUAGACCUCGAGAGUUUUUGUAAAGAAAAAAAGGUUACGCCUGUCACCAUUGUUUUUAAGUGCCUUUUUUUUUAAAUUUCAACACAUUCACAUUCUGUAUUUCUGAAAUUAUUUAUUGAAUAAACAUUGAAAACAAUUUACCCCUA